AUGUUCAUCUACCAGCUCUCCGGCUUCCUCUGGUCGGCUGCCAACAUUGCCGUGGAGGCUGGGCAGGACGGCAUCUCCGUGAAGACGCUUUCCGAGCAGGACGCCGAGAUCAGCAAUAAGAAGCCACGCAAGGCCAGCAGCGCCGAUGGCAUGCUCUACGGCCGCUUUGUGAAGGCGGCCACGCUCACGGCACACGGGGAGGAGGCCGCAAAGUCACCCGCCGCCUCGGACAGCAGUGAAGAGGAGGAGAAGCUGGACCUCUCUUCAGUCAGGAGGCUGACGGACGAGGAGCUGAUCCGAGCCUGCGGGGGCCGCACAGCACACAAGGGUGCCCGGCACGGCCUGACGAUGAGCGCCAAGCUGGCCCGCCUGGAGGAGCAGGAACGAGCCUUCCUGGCCUCGUACAGGCAGAAAAAUGGGCUGCCAGAGACCCCGGAGAGCAGCCUCCCAGCAGAGAGGCAAAAGAAAAAGAAGAAAAAGAAACGGUGCAAAGACAGUGCUGAUCCCGAAGCUGAGCAGAGCCAGGAGCCGAGUGAGGAAGAGAACACAGUAGAAGAGGGAGAGAGGGUGGCAAAGAGAAAGAAAAAGAAGAGGAAGCACAAAGAAUUAGUUGAGAGAGGGGAGAGCGAGGCAGAGGCACCUCUAGGAGAUGAUGAGCCAGACCACACCGGGCACAGCCCCAAGAAGAAGAAGAAGAGGAAGAAGAGACAGCGGGAGGCAGACUGAACGGGUGCCAGGGUUGCCGUGCUGCGGAGAUGCUGGUACCGUCUGGCCGGGAGGGUCCCAAUCCAGCCCGUGGCACUUGCCGGUGCUGGUAGGAGUCCAAGGGUGCUCCAGAUGGGCCCCGCGCUGCAGACGAGCCCCGUGUUUGCUGCCUGGUGCUGUUUGUGGGUGCUGGGCUGGGGCUGGUCGGUCUGGAGCCGAACCGGGGGGAAGGUGCUGGCUUUGUUUCACCCACUUGAACCUUCCUCCCAUCAAGGGCAACCCUGGUCAUCA